AUGGCUACUACUGCUGAUGUUGAUGACUGUGCUGGAUUGGGUACUGAUCCCUGUGCUGCUGACUGUGCUGGAAUGGCUACUGGUGCUGCGAAUUAUGACUAUGGUGAAAUAGAUCCUGGUGCUGUGCUGUUGAUGACCUUGCUUGAAAAAGUAUUAGUGCUGUGUUCUAAUGGCCACACAUGCUCGUUGUCACCAUGUGCUGUAAUGUCUGCUGGAGCUAGUGAUGACAGUUCUGGGGUGGGUAUUGGUGCUGGUGAUAAUGAUUGUGUUGGAAUGGCUUCUGGUGCUGGUGAUGAUGACUGCAAUGGAUUUUGUACUGGUGCUUGUAGUGGUGACAGUUCUGGAAUGGCUACUGGUGCUAGCAGUGAUGACUGUGCUGGACUGGGUACUGGUGCUGGUGAUGAUGACUGUGCUGUAUUGGGUGAUGAUUAUGGUGAAAUGGUUAGUGGUGCUGCUGAUGAUAUCUGUGCUGAUUUGGCUACUGGUGCUUGUGAUGACAGUGCUGGAAUAGCUACUGAUCCUGGUGAUGAUGACAGUUAUAGAAUAGCUACUGGUGUUGUUGUUGCUCACUGA